GCGAUAUGUGCAUGAGGCUGCAACUCUAUUCGCAUGUGCAUAUGCGUAUUUGGGUAAAAUAAAUUUCCGUCGAUUGUGCUGCAAUUUCUAUGCUCGCGUGUUUUUUUUUUGCAAAUUUAAAAACGACAAAAUGCAAAUGUUGCGCGUAAACAAUAAAUAGCUACUGUUGCUGUACAAUACUUUAAAAUACAAUUACAGUGUCAGGUUCAGCAACAGGGUUCAGCUGUAUGAGAACCAUGACAAAAGACUACGAUUAUCUGUUAAAGGUGCUUCUGGUGGGGGACAGCGAUGUGGGCAAACAUGAAAUACUCUCUAAUCUUGAGGAUCCCUCAACCGAGAGCCCCUUCUGCAGCGGCAACGAUUGCUCCUCUCACAUAUUGCAAACGGUAGCGUAUAAAACGACAACAAUAUUGCUGGAGGGUAAGCGGGUCAAGCUACAGAUUUGGGAUACCUCCGGCCAGGGGCGUUUCUGCACCAUAAUACGCUCGUAUUCGCGCGGUGCCCAGGGUAUUAUAUUAGUAUAUGAUAUAACAAAUAAAUGGAGCUUCGACGGCAUCGAUCGCUGGCUAAAAGAGGUCGAGGAGCAUGCGCCCGGCAUACCCAAAGUGCUUGUAGGCAAUCGCUUGCAUUUGGCCUACAAACGUCAGGUGGCCGCCAAACAGGCGGAGACCUACGCAUCGCGCAAUAAUAUGUCCUGCUUUGAGAUAUCACCACUCUGCGAUUUCAAUAUUCGCGAAUCUUUCUGCGAAUUGGCGCGCAUGGCGCUACAUCGCAAUGGCAUGGAGCACAUUUGGCGCAGCAACAAGGUGCUGUCGCUGCAGGAGCUCUGCUGUCGGACAAUUGUGCGUCGCACAAGUGUUUAUGCUAUAGAUUCGUUGCACCUGCCGCCCUCCGUUAAAUCGACACUCAAGUCGUAUGCCAUGACGACGUCACAGUGCUACAAUUCGUUAACGCAAAACUCAAAGAGCCGGAAUCGCUGCAAGACGCCAACCAGCCACAGUCGCAACAGUUGUGCGAUCGCGUGAUUGCUGGCUUGUAGGUGGUUUAUGGAACUGCCUACGCAACAGCUGCGCAAUUGCGCGUAAAUCUACAACCUACUUUACUUCCUAAGCUUCAACAUAUGUACACAGAAAAACACACACACACACUCACACACUCAUACACUCACACCGUAACAUGCGCGAGUAUUUUCUUCAAUACAAAUAUGUCAUCAGCAUUAAUAUUUAUUAUC